UCCUUUCAUUCCAGUCUGUAGUUAUUUCAGCAUUCGUUUGGAUCUUCCUGGAAGGGAAUCUGUGUCAUAACUUAAAAAGACUGUUUUAGCCCAAUCAAUAAAAUCCGUAAAAGUGUUUUUUUGUUUAUUUGUUUUACUUUGGCCAUUUACAGAUUUUUUAUGUGUAUUCUCCCUGCCGAAAGUUGUGCUAGGAAGUGGAAAUACAAGGAAUAUUGAAGUACUUUUUAAUGUAUUCGUCCCACACCAAGUGGCCUUAGUCAUCUUUAUCCAGUUAUUUGUUUAUAAGCCCACGUGAUACAACCUAUUUCUAGGACUAAAUGAACCAUUUUUGAAAUUCUGUGCUUAAAUAACCUAAAUUUCACAUACACAUUUCUACAGUUGCUACAAAAUAUUCUUAAGUAUUUUUCAAACACGGUUGAAUGAAUGAAAAUGUACUGUGAGCGUCACUGCACUCGAGGGAGGAACGCAAAACUCUGCCAUGGAGCUUGUAAACUGUGGCCAAAAAAAUAAAUAAGUAUACCUAGUAAAACACCGUAUAUUUGUUAACAGAGGCAUCAUAUAAUGUCAUCUGAAAUGUUGCCAGCAUUUGUUGAGACUUAUAGUGUUGAAAGAAAACAAGACUUAAGUGAAGAUCGGGAGGAGAGCCAGAAACCAAGAUUAGGUAACAACAUUGAACCAAUAUCUAAACGACAAAUGAAGAAGCUAAUAAAACAAAAACAAUGGGAAGAACAACGAGAACUCCGCAAACAAAAACGGAAGGAAAAACGCAAGAGAAAGCAAUUAGAGCGACAAUGUCAACUGGAAUCAAACUCAGAUGGAAAUGACAGAAAACGUAUUCGAAGAGAUGUUGUUCACAGCACACUUCGCCUUAUCAUUGACUGUAGUUUUGACAGCUUGAUGAUAUUAAAGGACAUUAAGAAACUUCAUAAGCAGAUUCAACGAUGUUAUGCAGAAAAUCGACGGGCACUGCAUCCUGUGCAGUUUUACUUGACAAGCCAUGGAGGCCAGUUGAAAAAGAACAUGGAUGAAAAUGACAAAGGAUGGGUCAACUGGAAGGAUAUCCACAUUAAACCAGAGCACUAUAGUGAAUUCAUAAAGAAAGAAGACCUGGUUUAUCUUACAUCAGAUUCACCAAAUGUAUUGAAGGAAUUAGAUGAAUCAAAGGCCUAUGUGAUUGGAGGAUUAGUAGAUCACAACCAUCACAAGGUACUGUUAAGUUUUUAUUUUUGCUUUUGCUUGUACUUGAAAUUGAUACAUCAAUUUUUCUCAAUAAGAAUAAUACUUCUUGAUAUUAACAAUAAUACUGAUGACAGCUGAUCUCUAUUGAAUAUAUACUGUCUUUCAAUCACCUUUCUGGCUAAGCAAAGCAUUUCACAUAUAUUAGUUUGUUUAAUACUCACUAUAAACCAGUCAGGUUAGCUCUAUUAUUAUCUACAUUAAACUGGAGGCCUAGAGAAAUUAAGUCUACCAUCAAUAGUAGUAGAUGGUAAAGCAGUUAGUUGAAACCAGGCAGAUUGUCCCAUAGCCCAGGUGCUUAAAUGCUGUGCUGUAUUGAUAGGAAAUGAUGCUGCUAAUCAAUUUCUAGUCCACUGGUAAAAUUUAUAACAAAACUGGUAAAUUUACAUUUUAAAUAUGUGAUUCUCAUGGCAUGUGUUUUCUGUUCUCUUGUAUCUCUACUUUUAUCUUUUUCCACCUCCUUAUCCUCACUCAAAUGAAAAAUUACAGAAAUAUACUCUCUAACAGCAAACAUUUUGUACUUUGCUAGUUACUUUGCAAUAUGCUAAAUUCAACCCAGCUAAAGAAAAAAGGUUUCCUAAGUAUCAGGAAAUACUGGCAGCAGAAUAAUAUGAAGUAAUCCAUUAUUAUUGUGUAGCACCACUGUUCAGUAGAACUUUCUGCAGUGUUGGCAAUGUUCAUAUCGUUCUGUCCAGUGUGGUAGCCCUCUGUCCACUGAGCACAUGAAAUGUGUGCAGCAUAAUUGAGGAACAGAAUUUUUUAAAAUUGUAAUCAAUUUAAAUUUAAGUAGUCCCAUGUGGCUACAGUUGGACAGUGCAGCCCUAUAGUAUCAGAGGGAAUUUUGUCAAAAUGAUCUUUAGCCUUUUUAUUUUUUCUUAGUGGAAAAAUUCUACUUUGUUAUUUAUGUAGAACCAAAUUUUUUUCUUUCAUGUAUGUUUCUCUGAACUAAAACAAUUUUGUAUUUAAAAGCACCUGCCUCGAUCUGUUACUAAUUACUUGUCCCUAAAGUAUGCAAGCUACUGGUUGAGAAGUUGAGUUCUUUCUCUUGUACUCUGUUUUUUGCCUAUUUCAGUUUUGGUUACACCCAGGCUUUAAAGAUUUUAGUUUUGAGAAGAGAGAAAAUUCGUAUUCAAUAUUGUUUUAAUUGACAGAAAGGGAAAAAUUAAAUUUAUAGGCAGUUUUUAAAUUCAGCUUUUUAUUUAAUUUGUCUUUGUUAUUGUGCAUCUUAUUGCUAUGUAAUUGAAACAUAGUUUUGUCUGUAUCUUUCACAUUCAUGGGAAGACUGAUGGUGCUUUUCUCGGAAUUCAGUUUGAGUAUUUUAAACUGAGAAAAAGGCGGUGUGGAAUGGUGAAAUGGUAUUUGAGUCAGGAGGCCUGAGCCAGGUUUUUCCUGUGGUUCUGCCACUGAGGAGUUUUCUGACAGACAAGGGAACAGAAUGUCUUUGGUUUCCUCACUUGUAAAUUGUUUAAAACAAAUACCCUGAACA